AUGUCUCUGCUCGCCGUCUCGCGUCCGGCUCUGUCGCGUCGCUCUGUGGCCGCCAUACGCAAUUCUCGUUAUCCUCAGAUUGUCCUUGCAGCGCAAAAGGCAGCCUUUACGACGUCCCGAUCGAACUCAUCGCCCUCCCAGAACGACAACAAUCUUUUUCGCUUCCCGCCAGGUGGAGGGCAAAGCUCGUAUUUUCAGCGCCCCUCGCUCCCUAUCAACACCAUCAUCAAAUUCGUCCCGCAACAAACUGCAUGGGUGGUCGAACGGAUGGGCAAAUUCCAGAGGGUGCUCGAACCUGGUAUCGCCUUGCUAAUCCCAGGCAUUGAUCGAAUCGCAUAUGUCAAGAGCUUGAAGGAGAACGCUAUGGAGAUACCCUCGCAGAGUGCGAUCACGGCGGACAACGUAACCUUGGACCUUGACGGUAUCCUCUACACACGUGUCUUUGACCCGUUCAAGGCCAGCUAUGGGGUUGAGGACGCCGAGUAUGCCAUCUCGCAGCUUGCGCAGACGACCAUGCGUAGCGAGAUUGGUCAACUCACUUUGGACCACGUCCUGAAGGAGCGCGCAACCUUGAACACAAACAUUACGCAAGCCAUCAACGAGGCCGCCGCAGACUGGGGUAUCCGGUGUCUCAGAUACGAGAUUCGGGACAUCCACGCGCCAGCGCCCGUCGUCGAGGCCAUGCACCGUCAGGUGACCGCCGAGCGGAGCAAGCGCGCCGAGAUCCUCGAAUCAGAAGGACAGCGACAGUCAGCCAUCAACAUCGCCGAAGGACGAAAGCAAUCCGUCAUCCUCGCCUCCGAAGCUCUCAAAGCCGAACAAAUCAACACCGCCUCCGGUGAAGCCGAAGCCAUCCUCCUCAAAGCGAAAGCAACCGCUGCCGGAAUCGACGCUGUUGCGAAGAGCCUCGCAGAAGGCAAGCAAGCCGCUCAAGGCGCAGUCUCGCUCUCCGUCGCAGAGAAGUACGUCGACGCCUUCGCCAAGCUGGCCAAGGAGGGCACCAGCGUGGUCGUGCCAGGAAACGUCGGCGACAUCGGAUCGAUGAUCGCCACCGCCAUGUCUGUCUACGGAAACGUCGGCCAGGCCCAGGCAAAGACCAUGUCGCAGCGGAUAGGCGCGCCGAGUGAAUCCGAGGGCUCAAAAGAGUCCUCGCAGUCGUCCUCGAAGCCUGUCAAUGCGGUCGCGCAGAGCGUGCUAGAAAGCUUCGAGAAGACGCAGCAGCGGCAUUGA